AAACUCGCGGAGAAGAAGAAGUUGCAGAGAGAGAGAGAGAGAUCGGAUGGGGAUAAUCAAGAGCUGCUUCUCCCUCUUGGUGGAACUACAACGUCCCCAACAUCAGGAAGCUCACCAACACCAGUCUCGUCGUCGCCAAGCACAUCGAGGAGAACUAUCGCAAGCCCAAAAAGGACGACGCCGACUGAUCUGGUGAGCUACAGAGACAGAGCUAGAGAGAAGAAUGGAGGUGGUGGUGGUGCAAAGACAUAGUUGGCUUUCUCUCUCAGCAUAUCAAAGAGAGUAUUGGUUCUGCCAUCUGAUUACAGAGCUUUUAAUUUCACUUAGGAAGUUUGAUUAACUAAAAAAGUUUAAAUGUAUGUUGACACAUUCUGGAUCGAUCCAUGUCCUCAGUGGAAUUGGUGGUUUUGCCUGCAUUCUUAUUUGAUCACUGAUACUCUACUGACUUAAGGCACAGCUCUGUAAGAAGCAUUGCACAUCUCAUCAUCAUCUACUCUUUUUUAUUUUCUUUGUAAAGAUAUGUAAUAAGAGUUAUCUACUUUGGCUAUAUAAUAAAAUCAUUCGUAUCUUUUUUUCUGAAAACACAAUCUUAUUUUGGUGACUUUAGAACAAACUCUUCUUCC